UCUGAACAGAAAGCUCUACUAGUUGUUCACACAGCAAAGGAUGUUGCAGUAAUUCAACAUUCUGCAGAUCUGGAUUUUCCAAACUGUAUGCAUGGAAGACAGCAUAAAGUAAGCAUGUUUCAAAGUCCACUCCUCAAAGACAUGCAAUGUCUUCAUUAUGCAAUAAGGACUGGUUGUUUGUAGUUAAGACACCCACUGGAAGAAAGCCAAAAGCCUAUAGUGCUGUUCCUCAGGAAAAUUUAAGCAGCUGUGGUAAUGUAAUUCAAAACCUCUCAAACGUUUGCGGCAGUGCUUGUACUCCUUUAGUAUACCAUGAGUGCUGGGUGCCGCCAGACCUCUGCAAGAUUCCCUUCCCUUCAGAAUGAAAGAGAAAACUGAAAUGCAAACCUGGAGGCAGCCUGAAAUAUCCAAAUAGAUGAGUUUGUGACAUCCUCUUCCAGAGCCAAGAUUCCUCAGACCCCAGCUGCACCUCCUUGAUUCUGAACCACACUAGUUUAAGACUUGGAAACUCAGAUUUCAAAGGAAUACUUUGACUGUUCCAGCUGUUGUACAAAGUAAUUGGGGCCAGCUGGAUGUCAGGAUGCAAGUGGUGACGAUUAUAAUACUACUUUUCUUUUGUAAAGCAGCUGACCUUAGGAAGUCAAGAAAUGGAAGUUCAAGAAGCAGGGCAAAUAAUGGAAAGGCACAUGGCUUAAGAAGAGCAUCCAGCACUGUGAAGCGCUAUAUACCAGGCCCCCCAUGUGAUGUAUACACUUAUCUUCAUGAGAAAUACUUAGAUUGCCAAGAAAGAAAACUGACAUUUGUACUGUCUGAUUGGGCUGAAGAUUUAGAACAUAUGCUUCUAGCAAGAAACAAGAUUCGAAAACUGAAGAACAAUGUGUUCUCCAAGUAUAAGACAUUAAAAAGCCUAGAUUUACAACAGAAUGAAAUAUCAAAAAUUGAGGACCAGGCUUUUUUUGGUUUAAACAAACUAACAACACUUUUACUCCAACACAAUCAGCUUAAGACCUUAACUGAAGAGGUGUUCAUUUAUAUGCCUCUUUUAAAUUAUUUACGAUUAUAUGACAACCCUUGGCAAUGUACUUGUCAAAUGGAAACUCUUAUAACAACGCUCCAGCUUGCAAGAAACAGGAAUCUGGGAAAUUAUGCAAAAUGUAUCAGUCCAAUAGAACUAAAAGGUCAAAAGCUCAAGACGCUAAAAGCUGAACAACUAUGCAAUGAAGAGGAAAGAUUGGACCCUUCUAGCCUAGCAGUACCAAAACCUGAGGUUGUUAAACCUGAAUUUGACUCUUCUCUCUGCCACAUUUAUGUGUUUCCUGUACAAACACUGGACUGCAGAAGGAAAGAGUUAACAAAAGUUCCUGGUAACAUACCUCCAGAUGUAGUUAAACUUGAUCUUUCUAACAAUAAGAUCAGACAACUACGACCUAAGGAGUUUGAAGAUAUUAAUGAACUGAAGGCAUUAAACCUCAGUAGCAAUGGAAUAGUUCACAUAGACCCAGCUGCUUUUGCUGGACUCAUCAACCUGGAAGAAUUAGAUUUAUCGAACAACACUCUGCAAAAUUUUGAAUAUGGAGUAUUAGAACAUUUAUAUUUUUUGAAAAUAUUAUGGCUUAGAGAAAAUCCUUGGAGAUGUGACUACAAUAUUCAUUAUCUUUUCUAUUGGCUGAAGCAUCACUACAGUGUUCACUAUAACGGCCUACAAUGUAGAAAACCUGAGGAAUACAAAGGCUGGCUUGUUGGAAAAUACGUCAGAAGUUAUUAUGAAGAGUGCCCCAAAGACAGGCGCUCCAUUUACCCAGAAACAUAUGAACAAGACAUAGAAGACGAGGAAUGGGAAAGGCUCAAAGAAGACCCAGUUCAAACAGGAAAGAAACACGGAGUAAUUGUUACUGUAAUAGGUUAAUUUGUUCACCUCUACAGUAAAAACUUUUAUAUUUUUGUAAGGAAAAAUGUUUGUUUGGAUUUUUUUUUGUUCAUUGUUCUGUUUGUUCAUAAGGGAUUAUCUGCUAAAAUAUUUUUCAAUACUCACAAUAUAAGAAGUACUUCUUUCAUAAUAAACUUAAUAUUUUUA